ACUCUCCUCGUAUAAAUAUCUAUCAUCCGCGUAACCGUCCGAUUCCUGUCAUCUCCCAGCGAGUGCGCUCUUUCUCGCUCUCUAACCCUAGGCCUCUCUCUAGCACCUUUCUACAAGGACAACGAUGGCUGAGCGCGGUGGAGGUGACCGUGGUGGAUUCGGCCGAGGCUUCGGUGGUGGUCGCUCGAGGGGAGACCGCGGCCGCGGAGGCCGGCGCAGGCCACGCCGUGACGAGGAGGAGAAAUGGGUGCCGGUGACGAAGCUGGGGCGUCUUGUGAAGGCCGAUAAGAUAAAGUCGUUGGAACAGAUCUACCUGCACUCGCUGCCCAUCAAGGAGCAUCAAAUUGUCGACCAGCUCUGCCCUGGCCUCAAGGACGAGGUCAUGAAGAUCAUGCCAGUGCAGAAGCAGACACGGGCCGGUCAGCGCACCCGAUUCAAGGCAUUCGUCGUCGUCGGCGACAACAACGGCCACGUCGGGCUCGGCGUGAAAUGCAGUAAAGAAGUGGCAACCGCCAUUCGUGGCGCCAUUAUACUGGCCAAGCUCUCUGUGAUCCCCGUAAGGAGGGGUUACUGGGGGAACAAGAUCGGCAAGCCCCAUACUGUGCCGUGUAAGGUCACUGGUAAGUGCGGCUCCGUCACGGUCCGCAUGGUGCCUGCGCCACGUGGAGCUGGAAUUGUGGCCGCCAGGGUUCCCAAGAAGGUCCUCCAGUUUGCUGGGAUCGAUGACGUGUUUACCUCAUCCAGAGGCUCCACUAAGACUCUUGGAAACUUCGUGAAGGCAACUUUUGAGUGUCUGCUGAAGACUUACGGGUUUCUUACACCAGACUUUUGGAGGGAAACUCGCUUUACAAAGUCUCCGUUCCAAGAUCAUACAGACCUGUUGGCAAAACCAGUUGGUAAGUUAAUUUUGGAGGAGCCUGAGAGGCUUGAUGCUUGAGCUAGAUGUUUUCUAUUUCUUUCGAGGGAUAGUUUGAUUCCUUUUGGGUAUUUGACUGUUUAAUUAAGUUUUGGUUAGGAUGUCUUUAUGCCUACUUUAGCUUUAUGUUUUAUUUUGUAUGGAUACUUGUGUCUUUAUAUAAUGUCCUUGUCAUUUUGAUUAUC